AUGACUUUUGAACCAGCUUUGAGUAUUUUAUUUUUUCAUUUCUUUCUCUUCCUUGCAUCAGAGGGCAGUGAUGGUAAGCUUACCACUGGUCUCCAUUUUUCUUUCGCGAAUGCUCCAAGCACCUCAAAUAACCAUGGUAAGGACCCUCCUGAACUGGAUAAAGUUCUUCCAUCCUUGGCUGACGUUAAAGCAGUAACCAAACCAUCAAAAGAUGCUGAUCUUCCUGUUGAUGUUCUGUUACUUACAGUUACAAACUGUGAGUUCUUAGCUUGCUAUAGUGACCUAAAAAACCCCUAUAGACGUUGGUUUGAUGGUCUGGGCUAUGUUUACUUUUCGGAUGUGGGUGAAAGUCAAGAGGAGCUGAAAGUUGCUUUACUAAGAUGUUACAGAAAUGGUAUUGGUCCUGGUGGUGCUCUUGUAUCUGUAAAGAAUGCUACCUCUGUGCUAAGACCCAAAGCAGUCAUUUCAGUAGGAACAUGUAGUGGCCUCAACCCUGCAAAAUCCAAGUUAGGAGAUGUUGUUGUAUCUGCCAAAAUAGCUACAUAUGCAUCAAAGGCAGUGACCAGCAAUCAAGAGCAGUCAACUGGUAUGAGAAGUUAUGUGAGCAAACGCUUUCUGGAUGUCAUUAAGAAUUGUGCUGAUGGCUGGCAAGCACCUUUGAAGAACGCUGAAGCUCAGCAAGUUCAAGUUUAUACUGAUGCUGAGUUUUUUAGUGCACCAGAACAAGUCAGAGCUGAAUGGCGGCAUGAUCAACUUGCUGAAACCAAUCCUAAGGCUAUGGCAAUCGAAAAUGAAGGAGAAGGUGAGCAGACUUUUUAAUAUGCAGCCAGCCUUAGGAAGUGUAUGCAGUCCGGUCUCUUUUGACUCUAUAGAUGUGCUGGUUGCUUUUGAUUCAGUGUUAAUUUCAAGGCAUUGCAUUGAUUGUUUGCUUGUUUGAGCUUAAUAUUAUCAUAAUUUUUUGCUGAAAUGAUGGGCCUGCUCCCAAUUUAUGGGUCAUCAUUGCUUAGUUGUUAGAGCACUGUCAUGCUAACACGGAGGCCAUGGGUUCAAAUUCCCUUGAACCCUCUCCCCCUUAAUUUUUUUUUCAGGUAAUUUGCAAUCAUUGCUUAGAUUGCUGUUACAAUUGUUACAACAAUUAUAUCUGCAAAUUAUACCCAUUGACAAAAGAUAGGUGUGGGAAAGGUGCCUGGUGAAACUGAAGGGGGGGGGGGGGCAAGCACGUCUAGAAAGUAGCCAUGACGACCCUAUGAGUGGGACCGAGCAGGCACUGUCACACAGAGACCUUCAGUGGAGAAAUGUGCAAAUACUUACCAAAACAUAUCCAAAGGGAAGGAAGGACUGCGAGCAAAAAAUGCAAAAGCAACAUAGCAACAUGAGCAAAAUGAUUGACUAUAGGGAAAGUACUGUCAAAUAAUGCUAAAGCCCAAGACUGCCCCAUAUUCGAUUGGUGAUGGAGACCGCUGUAUGGCGUACAUUUGCGGACAAAAAUAAUUGAAAAUAAAAUACAAUUUGAAGUUCAAAAAUUAGACUAUCCAUGUCAAAAUCUCGUCAUAUGAAUUUGAAAUCGCAAUGAACGGAGUCGAAAUAGCAUCAUUCGAACUUGAAGUUACUUGGAACAAGUUGAAACUAUAAAGGGAAAACUUGACAUCGUUGAUGUUGAAGUUCAAAUCACCAGUCGAAAUAGCAUCAUUCGAACUUGAAGUUACUUGGAACAAGUUGAAACUAUAAAGGGAAAACUUGACAUCGUUGAUGUUGAAGUUCAAAUCACCAUUCCAACUAGAAUGCAAAUUACAUGAUUUGAACUUCAAUUCACCUUCUCCACUCUAAUAAGCCACUUAAUCGUCAACAAUGCAACCAUAAUCUUUCACAAAAUUCCAAAUGGAACCUUUAAUUUGAACUUAAAGUCACGUCACAUAUUCGAAUUCCAAAAAACAAAUUUGAAUUCCAAAGGAAGCGGAAGUAAAAAUACACAAGAACCGAGUAACGACUAGGUACGACAGUGAAAAAAGUGUUGACAAGCCUACACGACUCCUGCAGUUCGCGGAUGAAUAAAUUCUAAUGAAGCCUUCAUAGCUUAGCUUUAACUAGGAUGUCCUUAAGGGAUUUUCCCUUACGAUAUGAGAUGAUGGGGGCCUCCUUAAAGAUUUCUCUCAGUUGCGGAUGAUUUUCUAUAAGGUGCCAUGGAUAGUCUCAGUGGGGAAGGUGCAUGGUGAAACUGAAAGGAGCCGCAAGUGAGCCUGGAAGGUAACCAUGACAACCCUGUGAGUGGCACCCACCCAAACCAAUCUACAGGUGCUUGAAGAAAAAAAAUGGGACAGCGAACAGGGGAGUCACAGGACAUGGUUUCCCCUUUUUUCCCGUUUUCCCUUGCAAUAAAAACUAAAGAAAAGCAGUUCACUACUGAAGAUGAAUAGAAGUCCUAAUACCUGCCUGAAGCAUGUCCGCGAGAGAAAAUUAAAGUGCAAGCCUUCCAUAACCUCAAUGCAACCUGACACAACUGGGGAGGAGGCGGUACAGUUCACAUCCUCUACAUUCUACAUCUAUCUUCCAACUUUGUUUUUCUUUUUUAUAGAAAGUUAGGCAAAAUAAUGUAAGCUAUAUUGAUGAAGGACUGUCUUCAACAUAAACUCAAGUGCCAUUUUCUUUGUUGCUCUAUAGGAGUGUUUGCAGCGGCAUUUGACUGUCAAAUUGAGUGGUUAAUUGUGAAAGGGAUAGCUGAUUAUGCAGAUGGUUCUCAGUUGCCUUCAGAGAGUUGGUCUUCCUGUGCCAGUGUGAUGGCAGCAUCUCUUGUUGCACACAUUUUGAGUGAGCCCUGUGUUUUUCAUUCAUGGCCUCAUUACCAAGGUAAAUAUUUCUCGUAAUGUUAUGUCCCUUUUUGGCAUGUUGUUUUACGGAAACUAGGGGUGCAUUACAGUGUACUUCCUUUAUGCCAUUAGUAAGCUCAACACUGCAUUAUGGGGUAGAUGUCACACAUGACAUCUUUAUCUCUUUAUAACAGCUUUUUAAUUAGAUUUGAUCAUAUUGGUGUUGAUAUCACAAUAAGACUACUGUAACCGGGGCCACUUAGACAAAGUUGGCCAAAUACAUUACAGGAAAGUUGGUUGUGGGCCAAUCAGCAGCUUGCAAAAAACAAUAAUUUAUUUGAAGCACAAAAUUUAAACAUUGAGAGCAAACGUUUUGAAAAACGUAAAAUGUUUCACCAGACAAUGUUUUUCUAUUCAAAACUUUACGUACUGUACAUGUAUAACACCCAGGAGACAUACUUGUUUGACACAAGGUGAUAUUUUGUCAUCUACAAGACACUUCUUUGCAAGCAUCGCUUUGCAAGGAUUUUCGACCUCAAGUCAAAAUUAUAACUGUUUACAUUUUUUGCCUCCUUCACACACUUUAUGGGACCUCUCAGGAAACACAGGCUUUCUUCAGUGGGUUCAAAAGGUUACGUCUGUUGGUUGUGAUUUGUUGAUUUCGAUCCAUGCUGUUUAUUUCAUUUCGUUGUAAUUAUGAUUGACAACUAACUUUCUCAGAAUGUAUUGUUAUUUUCCUGUAAUCUGAUUGGUCAGCUUUGUCCAGGUAGCCCCAGUUAUAGUAGUCGUAUUGUAAUAGUUAUGGUUUCUUUAAGGAACCUGCAAACGGUAAGAACAUUGAAGAAAUCUCUUGUCAUUUUAAACCAAAAAGAGAUUGAAGUAAAAUCAUGAAACAACAAAAAAGUUUUGGAUUUUGUUGUGAAAUAGGGUUUAGAUUAGAAGAACCUUCUAAGGUUUAACACCCACCACCAAGUGUUCUUAGCCGAUGAGUCUGUUUUUUCCAGCAGUCGUAUUGAGCUGACCACAUAGCUAUAUUUUCUUUUUUAGUGUUAAAACUACACCUGUCUGAUAGGCACUGCUGACUUUAUUAGUAGCCGUUAAUUCUAGUAGAUUUCUUGAAUGUAAGUGAGAGAUCUCUUUAUGUUACAGAUAUAUCAGAGCAGAGCUCAGCCAGCAGAUCAAAGGAACAAUUACCAAGUUCCUCAGGUGCCGAUAUUUAGGCCCUGUCCAAACAAAUCCGGAUAUUUUUGAAACGACAUAUUUUUCUACUUGAAUAGGCCGCGGAUGAAUGAUCGGAUUCACUGGUUUAGUGUUGAGGGAAGGCCAUUUUGUGAGAAAGGAAAUGUGCGGUUUCAGAAAUAUCCAGAUUCAUGUAGACGGAGGCCUUAAUGUUUAAUGUUACAUUGUACAUGUAAUCAAUACAAUAAAUUAUGUUACGAUAAGAUACAUUUCCAUUCAUUUUCCUUUGCUUUUGGAUUUUUCCCUCUUGUUUCUUGUUUUCUUGUUUUCUUUCUCUUUUUUCUCUUGAUUUUGGUUUUAAUUUUUUUGUUUUGAUUUUUUCUUAUGUUGGUUAAUGUUUUUGGAACUCUCGUAUCAGGGUUGUUGCGUAUUUUAGCUAAUAAUUAGGCAAAAAUUUUUCGUCCUUAAGGGGGCGAUAAUUCGAAAGGGGGCACUUACAUAUAAUUUAUUUGAAGGAGGGUGCUAAUUCGAACGUUUACGGUACAUGUCUGCCAUUUGAUUAAAAAAGACCCUCUUCCCUCUCCUCAGUUAAAUACUCUUGUCUAAUUAGCUGCUAUUUGCACUCUGUUCCUUGGCUUAAUUGUGAAAUGGAUAAGGUUUUCCCACCCUAAGUCUGAGCAACAGAUUUAUAGUACAAAACAGCAACAACAACACAGCUUCUAAAGCCAGAUGUAACGUCAAUGAGCGAGUUCCAAUAAUCAUGACAUUUUGAUAUUUAAUACUAAAUUAGAAGGGGAGGUCAGUACAAUGUAAACUAACGAUAGUAUAAAAGUUUUGAAAUCUACAUCUAUAUCUCAAAAAUUGUUGAACAAGUCAGCCUUGCAACAGAAGGUUGUUAAGAAAACCGCUGGACAGGUGUAAAACUUGUUAAUAAGCUUAACGCAUGCAGAAUCAUGCGUCUUGCUGCAGUGUUACCCUGCUUAGGCCCUGUUUUCAAUUCUUGAGAGAACAUAUCCACGCUCAGAUGAAAAUGACCGUACUAGGUAAACUGCCAUUAUCACUGCUACCAUAACACUGUACAAUUAACUCAGUCCUACAUGUGCUACUCCAUGUGUUGGAUAGGAUAAAGGAUUUAAGAAAAUUGCUUUUUUAUAUAAACAGAUGCUUCAACGGCCUUUUUGAAGUGGAGCCAAAGUCAGCUUUGCUCAUUCUACAACAGUACCACGAGCCAGUUAAUGAUUACUCCUUGGGACCAGGAUAACACCAUGGACAUUGAUGAGGUGUAUGUACAAUUAACACUGCUGAGAGAUAACAGAAAACUUGCUGGAACAACUAAAGAAAAGCUUAAAGAUUAUAGCGAGAUAUUUGCAAGCCAUGGUCAUCAGCUAAUUCCUAAGAGAAUUUUAGUUUACGGGAGACCAGGAAUAGGAAAGUCGACGUUCACUAAGAAACUCGUCGUGGACUGGUCACGUGGUAACAAAGAAAGCCUAGAGAAAUUUGCUGUUGUACUUUUAAUCAAGCUCCGAGAUGUUUGCAACAGGCAAGAUUUCUGUGACAUGCUACAAAAGGCCGAACUGUUGUCUGCUGAUGACCCUAUGGUGUUUGGCCAGUUGUAUGAUUACAUCCUUCGUAACCAACAGAAAGUCCUACUUAUUUUAGACGGCUAUGAUGAAUACAGCGCCGAAAAAUCAACGCCAGUUCAUCAGAUUUGGAAAGGCAGUCUGUUGAGAGAUUGUACUCUUCUUGUGACAACUCGACCGCUGAAAAACGAUGAGUUAAGACCAGGAAGUCAUGCUCAGUUUGAAAUUUGUGGGUUUGAUCGGUGGCAAGUUGAAAGGUUUGCACUUAAGUUUCUUCGCGACCAAACAGAAGUAGACGAGUUUGUAUAUUUUUUGUAUGAACGGGACCUGUGGGACUUGGCGGAAAUACCACUCCUCCUGUUAAUGUUGGUUCUAAGCUGCAAUAAAUAUCAAGAACCAUCAACAUCCCGCCGCGCAAAUGUGUAUAAAAGUUUUUGUCAGACGCUACUUGAUCACGUCUCCGCCAAAACCUCAGAUGAGACAUUUAGAAGCAUGGAUGAAUACAAGGAAGACCUCGCAAAGUUGGGAGAACUUGCAUGGGACGCACUUUUAAAUGGCCGUCUAUACUUCAAGCUCAGCAACCUUCCUGAGUACAUUCGGUUGCUCAUUGUAAAGUUUAUCGAUUUUGGCUUUCUACAAACAUCCAAUCUUUCUAACUCUCCUCGUCCUGAGAAACUGGCGUUCUUUCUUCAUAAAUCGGUACAAGAAUUUCUUUCUGCAUUAUUUAUUGUUCGCGAUUUGAAGAAUGCAAACGAAGCUUUCGAUUGUCUGUCGAAAGUCGACUCAUUUGAACCAUUCAAGGAGCUAUUUGAAGUUUUUCAGCGUAGUAUUUUUGACGAACUUCGAGGUGUUUCAUCUGGUGAUGAAACACUGUGUCGAAUGUUUGAUAUUUCUUCUCAAACAAAAUCAUUUUUGAAGGAGAAAUUAAGGAUUCAAAUACUAAGCAGUGUUUCAUCCGAUUUCCAAACACUCAUUAAACAUUAAUUUCCUUUGUAUUUUCUUAAUGAAUUAUUAAUGAGUUUGAGAAAUUUGUUUCUCAGUUGUCAUCAGAAGCUAGCGUUGUUGUUUUUAGCCAUCUGAAGAUGAUAGGAGAAAAAGAAGGUGUGACAGGUGACAACUUCUGCGGUGAAAACCCUUCUGUUAAGGGGCUCACUAAAGAACAAAAAGAGUUUUAUAAUACCAGUCUCGAAUUGUUCCUUUCCUGCCCCGCAUCAGAAAGGCAAGCCGUUUAUCCUUCAUUUCUACAAUGCGUUAAGGGUGUUAUAGUGAUAGAUGUUGAUGAUCACCUGCCUACAGUUGCUAGAGAACAUUGUUUGAGAUCAACAAGUUUUCAUAAGCCAGAUUAUGUAUUUUUUAAAACUAGGUCUGUACGUGAUUUACUACGACAUGAGGGUGAUCAGAUGUUCUCUGUAAUGUGCGAUUUGGACACCGUUGUUCAAACAUGUGAUGGUGAUGCAAAAUUUGUGAAUACGUACUACGAUCUAAAACCUGAUGACUUUGUCGUGAAGAAAGAUGGACAGCAAUUAGUGUUCUAUUUAACUCGCCUUGAUUCAUUGGGACUUAUCGAUCGUCUGAAACACGUUGAACUGCUUACUAGAUCAUUAAUAUCAGCACCAAAGUCCUCUCUUCAAGAGCCUGAUCACGUGUCACAGAAUCAUGAUGUUUGCAGCUCAUUGGAUUUAACUGAGAAAACAUCUGACCAGACUCUGACACACUCUCUGUCAUAUUUGAGACAGAUAAAAAUUUCGGAUCCAGCAAGUGAACUUCUUAGUAUUCUUUAUAAUCUUCGUCAUUUUUCUCGCCUAGCUGAGCUUGUUUUAAGUGGUGUUGGUGUGGGGAAUCAAGAAUGUCAGUUACUUGCCACUGCUUUAAAGUAUGUUAAUCAGUUACGAUUACUUAGGUUAUCAAGUAACCCACUCGGUCACGGGAUAAGUGCGCUUGCCAAACACCUGCGCAAUGUACCUCAUCUGGAAUGGCUGUGCCUGAAUGAUACACAGAUGGGUGAAGAAGAAGUCACAGCUUUAGCCCGUAGUUUGCAGAAUGUGACUCAGCUGAGUAAACUUGACUUAUCAAACAACCCACUCGGUCACGGGAUAAGUGAACUUGCCAAACAUCUGCACAGUGUACCUCAUCUGAAAGAACUGUACCUGAAUGAUACACAGAUGGGUGAGGAGGAAGUCACAGCUUUAGCCCAUAGUUUAAAGAAUGUGACUCAGCUGAGUAAACUUCACUUAUCAAACAACCCACUCGGUCACGGGAUAAGUGAGCUGGCCAAACACCUGCACAAUGUACCUCAUCUGAAAGAGUUCUACGUCAUUGAUACACAGAUGGGUGAAGAGGAAGUUACAGUUUUAGCCCAUAGUUUAAAAAAUAUGACUCAGCUGAGUAAACUUUCCUUAUCAUACAACCCACUCGGUCACGGAAUAAGUGAGUUUGCCAGACAUCUUCACAGUGUACCUCAACUGAAAAAGCUGCACCUGUAUGUUACACAGAUGGGUGAAGAGAAAGUCACAGCUUUAGCCCUUGCACUCGUCUACGUACCAGACCUGAAGCUCCUUUCGCUUGACAAAAAUCUGCUAAACCGCGGUGUGACUGAACUAAUCAAGUGCCUCAGAAGUAGUCCUCAGCUUCCUGGUCUCUGCCUCACUCAAGUUCAACUGACGAAGAAAGAAGCCACCGAGCUGUCUUAG